AUGGACGAAUAUCCGAGAGUGUUCGUAUUACUUGAGGGUUACUGUAGACGUGCAGAUGCUGAAUGCAGUGAUGGGUAUGAGGAAGCCUCCGGUACAGUGACUUUGAUUGUAACACGAGAAAGAAAAAUUCUUGUGGACUGUGGUGACCCCUGGAAUGGGGCAUGCAUUGUUGAAGAGGCAAAUGACUUUUUUCUAGCCCUUUCGAAGUAUUCGCUAAGUUGUAACGAUAUCACGGAUUUGAUAAUAACUCAUGGGCACAGUGACCAUUGCGGCAAUAUGUCACUUUUCCAACAAGCUACCAUAUACAUGGCUGAUGAUAAUGCUAGAGACGGAUGGUACUACACUUACACGGUACUGUUUCGUCUAUUAAAUUUUUUUGAUCCUAGGAUGCUGGAUAAUUGUGUGGAAAUAAGGCUGACUCCUGGGCAUACGGAUCAUGAUCGUAGUGUGAUUGUUACAAAUACCGAAUUUGGUACGAUCGCUGUCGUAGGAGAUAUUUUUGAAGAAAAAGAUGAUGUUAAGACUUGGAGGAAGAAUAGCAAAUAUCCACAGGAUCAAGAGAGGAGUAGAGAAGCGAUUUUGCAAGUGGCUGACUGGAUCAUUCCUGGACACGGUCAAAUGUUUAAGAACUUGCGAAAAUGA